CGCGCGUUCGGCGUUCGCCCUGUAAUACACGAUCAGGCUCACCGUCUGCGGCCCUUGCACAGCCGACCUCGUCUCUCCCUCCGUCUGCGACGUCGUCCACAGGCUGCGAGCACAACUCAAGGCCUGCUGACUUCUUGCCAACGUGACUCUGGCCGCGACUACUUCCCACAACCCGGGUUUGUCGCUGUCAUCCAUAUAUGUCAGAGCCCGAGCUCCUUGCCUACAUGACUGGCGGAAACGACGACUUCGAUCUUCCUCGCUGGAGCACCCAGACUCUCCACGACAACCUGUCUUCAUCUGCGCAGGCGGCCCAGUCGGCUGCACAGGCGUCCUACCUUUAUGCGCAAGGGCCGCCGCAGUCGGGCGCGAAUCGCCUGCCGCCCCUCCAGCAAUCACCAUCCGGCUCUUCCAGGCAGCCUCGCAUCACCCAGCUCGUGGAGGAGGAGUAUCCACUGAGUUCGCUACCUUACUCGAACCCCGCGCUGGGUCGUAGUAUAUCGCUCGGCCACAAUUCCAGCUCGUCUUCUCGAGGCCGGCGUCACCCCAUGCAGGAUGAUCUGGAGGGAGCAUUUAACAUCGAUACAGAUAGCGGCGCAAGGCACGUGUCGCAUGGGAUGCAGGCUGCGAACGCUUCUGCAUAUCCAUCCGUGGAUGACAGCGCGGGUUCUGGAGGCGCUGCUCAGUACCAGACUGCGUACUACAACAGCCCCGGUGGUCACCAGGUGAAGAGGUCGCAUACCCAGCACGACUCAACCACCUCGACCCGGUCCCAACGGUCUCCAAAUCGUGGUGCGCCACCAUCGACAGCUUUGCUCGACCCGUACUCGCCUCAGCAGGCGCAGUACUCAUCCAACAACGCCUCUUAUCCGUAUUCCCCGACAUCCGAGCAACAGAGGGCAUAUGUGCCUGGUGCUUACCAGUCGCACUCGCAGACACACUCGCGAUCGCAGUCUCUUGUCAAGGGAGAGGCACCUACACCGCCUGUUCCUCCUCCCUAUUCCCCGCGAUCCGGCGGCUCAGUCUAUUCCGGCUCAUACCCAAUGGACACCACGAGUCCGGCACCUUCUGUGUCUCAGAGUCUCGCACCACAUCGUUCGCCGCGACAAACAUCAAUUUCCCAGCCGGCGACGCCUCUCUCUUAUGGACACCCGUCCCAGAGUCCCCAGUUCUUCGCGCAAGAGCACCAGCCCAUGGCCGUGGAUACUUCCCCGAAGCGCCGUGCAUCGGGCCUCAGACGGGUCAGGGACCAUCGCGACCUACAACCACAUGUCAAUGCGCAUCCUGGCGGACGGCGGAUGGACACCACUGGCACGUUCCUAUCGCCGAUCAAGCAACUGACGACGGGCAUCGUCGAGACGUAUCACAUCUGCAACCCUCAGUACAGAUACGAGUCGACGCAUAACCCGCGUCGUGUCCUUACCAAACCGAGCAAGCCCGCGCACAAUGACGGCUACGACAACGAAGACUACGAUUACAUCUUGUACGUGAAUGACUGGUUAGGGACGGAUGACGGUCACAAGUACCUCAUUCUGGAUAUACUUGGUCAAGGAACCUUUGGCCAGGUAGUGAAAUGCCAGAACAUGAAAACGCACGAAGUCGUCGCUGUGAAGGUGGUCAAAAACAAACCCGCGUACUUCAACCAAAGUAUGAUGGAGGUAACGAUACUGGAGCUGCUGAACUCCCAGUGUGAUCCUCAGGACGAGCACCACAUUCUCCGACUCCGUGACUCAUUCAUCCACAAAAGCCACCUCUGUCUCGUCUUUGAGCUGCUGUCCUCCAACCUCUACGAGCUCAUCAAGCAGAACCAGUUCCAAGGUUUGAGCACUCAGCUGGUCAAAGUCUUCACCGCGCAGCUUUUGGAUGCUAUGACGAUCUUGAAGGAGGCGCGGUUGAUACAUUGCGACCUGAAACCGGAGAACAUUCUCCUGAAAUCGUUGCAAUCACCUCAGAUCAAAGUUAUCGACUUUGGUUCGGCAUGUCAUGAACGGCAGACGGUAUAUACGUACAUCCAGUCCCGCUUCUACCGCUCCCCCGAAGUCUUGCUGGGAAUCCCGUACACGGCGGCAAUCGACAUGUGGUCCUUAGGCUGCAUCGCCGUCGAGCUGUUCCUAGGGUUGCCACUGUUCCCGGGAACCAGCGAGUACAACCAGAUCACCAGAAUAGUGGAGAUGCUUGGGAAUCCACCCCAAUACAUGAUGGAUAUGGGCAAGCAGACGGGCCAGUUCUUCGAUUCCUACAUCGAUUCCUUCGGUCAGAAGCAAUACAAGCUGAAGAGCAUCGAGCAAUACUCGCGUGAGCACAACACGCAGGAACAACCUGGAAAGCAGUACUUCAAGGCAAAUUCGCUACCGGAGAUCAUCCAGCAAGCGCCGAUGCCUUCAUUCAAAUCUGGGUCUCGUCAGGCGCACGAGGUGGAAAAGGAGAUGAACAACCGGGCUUCCUUCAUAGACUUCUGUCAAGGCCUUCUGAACAUGAACUCCAUAGAACGAUGGACGCCGCAGCAGGCAAGGAUGCAUCCAUUCAUCACCGGAGAAAAGUGGACAAAGCCGUGGACGCCCACUGGUCAACCGCCUCCGCAAGUGAGUCCUCCGGCCAGCGGUGGCACCGAUCCGAAGCGUCCAUACGGGGGCCUCGUCCCCUCGCAGCCCAAGGGCACGAGGGCCUAUCAGGAUGCAGCGGCGUACAAUCAACAUCUUGCCCAACACCAGGCCUACACCGCACAAGCCCAGGCCGCUUCGCAAGCUGCGCAGAACGUAUACCGAAAUCCCUACGUCAACCCGCAGAGUGCAGCCCCCAGCGCAACUUCGUACUCGGGCGCAUCGGACAAUGGAACUACGAGCUCGGGCGCCAAAUUUACCUCGCAGCAGUACACGCCCUCGUCGACAUCUCAGUCAACCUCGCACCGCGGCCUAACGCAUCAAACCUCGCACGGGCAUCUCAACGUCAACACCGGUGUCUCUCAGUACGGAGGACAUGGGUCGGGCGCUGGGUUCGCUUCUCAAUCUCAUCUUGGCCCCGCGGCGCCGUCCAACACUUAUUACUCGACCACUAGGAACCGGUCCAACACCCUGAACCCCAUGAUUGACAACAUCCCCCCUGCCCUGGCGCGGUUGCAGCACAUGAAUCAGGAUGUCAUCGGUGGGCGGAAGGCUUUGACACCUGUCUUGAAGCGGGAUGAUGCGAUGCGCGAAUGGGAGCGCCGUCAGGCCGCGGGUAAAGCAGCUGCCGCGCAGCCCUAUCCCCAGUUGGAGUUCCUGCAGCAGCAGGCGGAGCUAGCCGCGGCACAAGGGCUCACACACUGGGGCCAUUCGGGCCCGUCUAACCGCUACCAACACCAGCCGACGUCUAACCUUGCGCAUUCAUACCAUCCGUCGACGUCGAUGGUCGUCGACGAGGAUCGGCGAGAUGCGAUACUCUCCAAUGUUCGCAGUGCGGCGCGGACGGACGGGACCAGUAACCUAUUCGGCUCGACCUCGAACGUGAUCCCCAGUCCGCCACAGGCAUACUCGAGCAACUCGACGACAACGGGGAACCGGUACGCCGCGACGUAUCCACAGCAACAGCAGGCUCCUACCUCGCCGUUCGAGUCGGUGGAACGGCGAACCGACAUCGGCUCCAUGUACGUGCCGAUGCAACCUGACCAGUACGGCUCGUACAACAAUCAGGCUGCCGGUUCUCAACAACAUGGCGCCUCCGCACGUCAUGUCGCCCCUCCUGCGCAGACCGUGCCUCCGUCGUUCUACGGCGCCGGUGCUAUGCCGCCUCCCAAUGGCCAACAACGCAAUCCGUUUGCACCCGCAGACACCCUACCCACCGCUCAGGGCCAGGCCAGUACGAAAGAUGCUCGUAGGAAGAGCGGUAUGGAUCUCUGGACACAGUGAAGCAGCUGAGCUGUAUAUCCUCUCUUCACCCGUUCUUGUGUUUCCGCCUCGAAAAGCUUCUGUGUUAUGUGAUCUAAUGUCUGCUCUCCACUGUGUCAUCAUGCGUCCAAUCUCAGACCCUUCGCACUAGAGAUCCCUCACAGGAGUUUGCCUACCAGGGUAUCUGUAAUCAGGAAUGACUUACCAAUGAUCAAGGGCGCAUCUGUCCAUGGACUCUACUCGUGAUGUAGCUUGCUGACAUGCACUAUGUAUAUUCACCCGGCCGCCAUGUACCUAGCAACAGACAAAUUCAUCUCUCUCUAUGCACUCU